CCUUGCUGUGUCGGGAUCUUUUAUUGGCUGCAAAGCUUCCCGCUAAUGACGUAGGAGAGAGAAAGAGAAGCGAAGCGAUAGAAAAAAGACGCGUUCCGAUAGGGAAAGGAGCGUGGCGUUCUCAUUGGGUGCCUUUAACCCCACCCAGGAAGUGUAUUGGUGGCCAUGUGGUGGAUGUUGGGGGGUCUUCUAGGUGAGUAGAGUGACAGUAAUGGGGCACAGUAGUUAAUGUUUCUUAUGGCGGGGGGAUACAAUUGUUUUGUGUGCAAAGGGGUUCCAGAUUCAAUUCCUGGCAGUUCCAGGUAAGGUUGAGAAAUGCUUCUGCCCGAAAUGCCAGUCAGUCCUCUUGACAACAUGGAACUAGAGCAGCCAUAGGCAAACUCGGUCCUCCAAAUGUUUUGGGACUACAACUACUAUCAUCCCUAGCUAGCAAGACCAGUGGUCAGGGAUGAUGGGAAUUGUAGUCUCAAAACUUCUGGAGGGCCGAGUUUGCCUAUCCCUGAACUAGAGAGACCGGUGGUCUGUCUUUGUGUAAGGAGCCUUCCUGAGUUCUUCUGUUUCCCAAGCCGCUUCAGUGCCAUUUUCUUGUCUCUCUCCAAACCCAUUUCAGUGCAUGUUUCUGAAUGAAGGAGGCAUUCUAAUCAGUGUUAGUGAUUAGAAGCAUGGAUACAAAGGGUUUUAGCUAUGUCGGUUCCCUACUGAUUAAUAUAGAAUAUGAUCCUGUAAAUGUGACCUUGGAGAACUGACGCUCAGGACCAUUCUCAUCCAGCAUCUUGCUAGUAGUGGGAUAUUGCUAUGCGGACGAGCAUCACCUUGUAUUUUUGUAGUUUGGAUAUAGGCCACCAUGGCAACAGCAUUCAGCAGUGAUGGUGCUGAGGUUAUGCAGCGGGCCGUGAUUCCUGCAGAAGCAAGUGGACGUUCCCCAACCACCAGGCUGGAAGAAUUCUAUGAACUGGAGAGAGCAGCUGCAUUUGUAUCUGAUAAUGGCUUCACUAAGGUGAGACAGUAGUUUGCCCUUUUGCCAGAAAGCUACAGGCAUAAAUGUCAGUUCUUCCCCUAGAGUUAGUGGACAUCCCCGCCCCAAAUAAUCAAGUAUUGGGGCACUAAAUAUGGGGGACUUUUAAAAGUAUGUCAAACAAAUAAAUAUGUAGAAGCAGCUCACACACUCCAGUAUUUAAGGCAGAGAUGUGGAAUCCUCCCCCAAGGGCCAUAUCUCCCAGGGGGAACAUGCCAGCGAUGGGAGAGCUGAGGCUGCCCAAGGCACAUCUCUUCUCCCCCCACCUUUUCCUUUUCACCAGUGAUGUGAGGUGGACUUUCUGGUGCUUUAUUUUGGACUUUCUGGUGCUUUAUUUUUCCACAAGGAAAAAAUAUGUUUCAUAAGGUCACGAUCAACAAUGAAUGGAUGCCAGUUGCAAAUACAGCAUUAGGCAAACUUGGCAGUUUCAAGUUUUUAGCUCUUGUUUGCUAAAUACAAGUAAAAUAAAAAUACCAAAUUAGACCCUUCUCUAAGGCAGGUAUUCUUCAACCUUUUCAGACCCAGGACCCACUUUUAACCCCAACAUACAUAUGGAAAACUAUUUCUUAAUCUUUUAUCAUAUAUUUGCAUGGUGGUUAUGCUCCUGUUGUGACCCAUCUUGGAUCAGGCCGUGACCCACCAGUGGGCCCAAGUCCACCUGUUGAAGGCCAGUGUUCUAGGGCAUCACAUAUUGCCCUGUUCACACUAUCCUAAUUUUCGAAGGAUUUUGUUCCAGUUCAGAAUUGACUGGCAAGCCCACAUCACUGCUUACACAUGUAUGUCCAUCCAUUCUAUUCUCUCUCCCCACCCAUUCUUCCUCCUUUUUUUGCUUUUGCUCUUUGCCCUUCCCUGUUGCAAUUAAGCUUAGAGGAAAUUCAUUUCACUCAGUAUGCAGGUUUUUGAGGGAGUCACAAUGCAGAUUGGGGGGGGGGGUAAAUUAACCCUCUCCCCAGUGCUGCCACCCUCACCCUUCAAACCCCUCCCCCCAUGGUAAUUAGACUUACAAGAAAAAAUCCUGUCCAUGUGGAUGGGACCUUUUUCUUCAAAGCCUAAUUCCCCAGGAAACCCACAGUACUGCCAGCUGUGUACAGUGGACAUGUCCUGAAUAAUUAUCUUGGGUUUGUUUUGUAGGUUGCUCUUCAGUUUCCCGAUGAACUCUUGCCAGAUUCAGCAAGCCUUGCUAGCAAGAUGGAAGCAGCAACUGGUGCCAAAAUGUACAUUCUGGGGGACACAUCAUACGGCAGGUGAGGUCACAGCAGGAACCUCCUUCCACAUAAACACAUGAUAGAAGCUCAGCCCGUAGUCCUAUAGACACUUGGGAGUAAGCCUCAUUGAAAACAUGGAACUUAGUGCUGAGAACAUGCAUAGGACUAUACUGCAGGCUUGCAUUUUCAAGGGGUUCUGUAGUAAUAUGUCAGCCUCUGGAUGUUCAGCAGUCUCUUGACUGCCUCUGCUGGGGUGGGGGUACUAAUGACAAGAGAGUAGGACUUUGGGAUCAUUAGUUGCUCCCCAGUUCCUGCAUCUUGGGUGUUGGUAACAGAGUAUUUUUCCCAUCUGCUGUCAGGCCUGGGGCUCCUUGCAUGCUGAGCUGGUGACAGGGGAAAUCCAGUCUCUACAAUGGUAACCCAUUUACUACAAAGGAAGCAUUUUUCUGUGUGAUAGAGGUGGUAGGUGUUUUGAGGAAAGAUGCCCUCCAUAGCUAAUGCUGUUGCUUUUCUUUAGCUGUUGCGUGGAUGAAGUGGCAGCAGAGCACGUGGGUGCUGAGGCUGUGGUGCACUACGGCCCUGCCUGCUUGAGUCCCUGCCGCAAGCUGCCCGUGCUCCAUGUGUUUGGCCGCAAACAACUAGACGUGGCGCGCUGCACAGAAGUCUUCCGGGAGUUGCAUCCAGACCCUCUAGCUCAUGUGGUUGUGCUGAGUGAAGUGGCCUAUUUUCAUUCUCUUGGUGAGACCAUGGGGAUCACAAUGUGGGUGGUGGGUGGUAUUCAAGAGAUACAUCAGGCCAGGAUGGGAAAAAGCUACAGUGGGCAUCCUCUAACCUCAAACAGUGCUCUCCUUGCCAGUCCUGCCCUUUAUGUCUUAUCUGCCUUCCAAUGUUACUCAGUCCCAGCUUUUAACCCUCUCUACUAUCCUCAGGGCUGGAUUAACCAGGAAAUGCCUAUUUCUCUCCGUGCUCCCCACCUCAUUUGCCACUAGGAUACUAGUUUGCAGUUUCCUCAACAAUAACAUUCUUCAGAGCAAAGCUAAUAGACCUGCAUGCUAAUGUUCAAAGGCAAAACCACAUCAAUUAAUCAGUGUUUACUCCUUUGUAGUUUGAAUGAACUAGGAAUGUGGUCAGUUAAUGCACAGAUACCUGCCAAAGAGGCUUUUAUAAGUUCUAUGAUUCUAUGAAAGUGAGAAAAUUCAAAACAAUACUCCUGUGAAUGUUCCAAUUUAUAUUUCUGAUUUGGCGGCUGGAGGGGUUGUUCUCUUUUAAAGGACCACAGAAGUAAUCUUUCCUUGUAAUAUUCGCUUUCAGUUAACUCCCCUCUGUUUACAUCCUUUAAAUCAGGGAUGGGGAACCUAUUGCUCUCCAGAUGCUGUUGGACUAGAACUCUCAUCAUCCCUGACCACUGGCUAUGCGGCAUGAGGCUGAUAGGAGUUCCCCAUCACAGCUUUAAACCUAGUGUCUAGCACAAGGGCCCUUCCCUGUCCAUGGAAGAGGCCUGCUGAGUAUUUGGAACAGUGAGGCGUAUGUGACAGUUAUUGUCUCUAAACUGAAUGACUUUUCAUUUCUCUUCCCCUCAGAUAGCCUGGCCGCUCUGCUGCACCCCAUUUAUCCUAAUGUAGUUUUCUCUCAACUGGAUAACAAGGAACUUCAGCCAGUUCCCGGGCUGGUGAAGAAAUUUGGGCGGCACUUUGUAGUGGACAGUCAGCAUGGUCUUGACAACUACGCCAUGUUCUACGUGGGUUGUGAAGGCCCAGAACUCACAAACUUCAUGCUGAGCUGGAACCGGUGUCCCUUCAGCUCCUUUAAUCCUCAGACAGGACAAGGCCGACGGGAAACAUUGGAUGUGAACCGGGCCCUGAGGCGACGCCUCUAUCUAGUGGAGCGGGCACGGGAUGCCCAAGUAGUGGGCAUUGUGGUGGGCACUCUUGGUGUGGCAGACUACUUGUCUGUUCUGGAGCAUCUGCGUGGCAUCAUUCAGCGGGCAGGCAAACGGGCCUAUACCUUGGCUGUGGGUAAACCCAACCCUGCAAAGCUGGCAAACUUUCUAGAGGUGGACAUUUUUGUGUUGGUAGCCUGCCCACAGAACUCUUUGCUUGAUUCAGCUGACUUCUACCGGCCUGUGGUCACACCCUACGAGCUGGAGAUGGCAUGCAAUCCAGCACGGACCUGGACAGGCAGCUAUGUCACAGAUUUCCGUCACCUCCUACCAGGUAAUACUAGGCUUCGUAACUGGAGAAAUGAGUAGAGGCAACAACCAGUGAGCUCCUUUCACACCAGACUCUGGAAAUUAUGUUUGGUCACACACUUCCAAAAUUCUCUCUGCAGGCUUAAGGGUUUGAAAGUUGCUUUAUUAUAAUGAUAACUUGAGUCUCACGAUGAAUUGCAAUUUCAGACUCAUAAAAGCUGCACAGCUCUACCAAUGCUCUUGGGCCUGCCCUGAAGGCAUAGUCUGCUGCAGCAAUGACCAUAAAGUUCCCUACACCCACACAAAGACAGACCAGCGGCAGGGAACAAUUUCUACAUUGGGGAUAAUUCAAAUACAUAGGGUUGUAUCCAAAAUAGUAACAUGUCCUGUCAGUGCAAAGACUUUCACUUGCGCAUUGAAACUCCCCCCUCCUCUUGCCCUGAAUCUAUUCUAGGGGUUCCCCUAACCCUUCAGAGCUGAUUUGGGAAAGGAGGAAGUGGGGAAGUUCCAUUGUGCAAGCAGAUAUAAUUGGGCUAUGCUUACCUCCCAUAGUCCUCUCCACAUUUGCCAUAUGAAAUGGUGGUCAAUGAAGGGCAAGGCAGUGGGGAGCUCAGUGUGGUGUAGGUGCAGGAAAGGAAGCAUCAGAGAAGCUAUGCUCUUAUCAAGUUGGGAAUGUUGGGAAGCCAGGCGAGCAAUGCCAACCCCACCCACAGCUGUUUUUCCAUGUGCUAAUUCUGCACAUCUUGAUCAUCCUUAGGUGGGUAAAAGCAGGGCAUGAUUCUGGAUGGGCCAAGCUUAGCUGUUACUCUUUCCCUUGCUGUUGCCUGCAGGAGCAUGUGCGCACACCCCUUUCCCAGACAAGGUUUCAGAGGCUGACAGUGAACCCAGCAUUUCACUCAUCACCGGCGAGCUACGCUCAACUUGUCUUUAUACAGCACCAGACCCAGAGCCAAGCUCUGGCACUUCUGUGACCUGCCGCAGCCAUAUGCAUAUGGCUGAGAGUAGCCCAGCAGGUAUGUGUCCGAGGGGUCGGGAACGGAUUAUGUUAACGGUCCACACAAAUGGUGGCAAAUCUCAUCUGUUAGGACCUUUCUUGUGACUAAUGGUUGUUCUUGGGAGAUGAAAAUGGCUGUUUUGAAGUCUGUUAUGUGGUGAAUGUUUCAAAGAUUUAUGCUAGUGUCAGAAUAGCAAUUAGCAGCCUAGUCACCUUCCUCCAUUUACAGUUACAGUAAUGAGUGGGGCAGUGGGCCCCAUGGGCUCUUUCAUCCAUAAUCUUGAAUAUACUGUAAGCUCUGUUCUCUUCCAGAGUGGUGUCUGGAAUUCAGCUUGGGGAAAUCAUUUAUGCCAUGAUCAUUGCUCUUCUGUUUUGUUUGCUUUUUUGUCUUAGCCUCAUUUUUGGAGUCACGAAGCUGGCGGGGUCUGGAGCAGCAGCUGGGGCAGUCAGCAGUCACAAAAGCCGUGGCUGGACGACGGGGGAUUGCCAUUGCAUAUGAAGAUGAGCCUUCUGGAUGACAGUUCCAGCCGGGCCAUGCUGAGAAAAAGUUGCCUUCCCUUUCUGCAUCUAGAUGAGAUAACCAAACAUGGUUUUUAUCACAACCUUCUCCCUCCUACCCACAUGUGUAAGGCAAGGAAUAUCACUUUCCCUGGCCUGGACAUUCCUCUUGGUGGAUGGACAGAUCAACAUUUUAACUGGCUGACAUCUACAAUACAGUAGUUCUGCCAAAUGGUGUUUUUUAUGUUAAGAAGCUAAGUAAACCUAUUCUUCUCACUGUGCUCUCAAUUGUGCUGGUGUUUAUCUGUGCACAUAAAGCAGCCCUGGGCUAAGAGUGGCAGCACAGUAGAUUUGGGGUUCUGUUGGGGGAACAGGGGUGUGUAGCAUUGCAGCUUAAUUCACAUGUGGAAUUAUACCACAGAUCCCCAUUUGUCCAGCUUCCACUGGGAAGUUGAAGUUAUAGUUAGCUAUAACUUAGGGCACUCUUGGAAGCCAAUCGUGCCCCUACAUGCCCAGGCUCAACCUCUGCCGUAUUCUCAUACAUGGGAAAAGCAGAGAAGAGUGUGAUUGAGGAAGGAGGGCAGGUUUUUAUACUCUGGUUGAACCUUGAUCUAAUCCACACCGUCCAGUAUUAAAGGUAUAACUAGAAGUCAGGAAAAGUUUUCCUAUUGAAGCUAGGAUUUUGUAUCCUCGAAGAGUUAGAUUUGCUGAUAGCAUGAGGAAUUGAAUUUUAGGACUCAGAAGCAAGAACCAGGCUUUGAAUAGCUGGGGUAUAAGAAUCCUAUGAUAAAGAGCCAGUAUAGUGGGUAGAGUGUUGAACAGGACUUUGGAGACCAGGGUUCAUAUGCCCACUCAGCCAUGAAGCUCACUGGGUGAUCUUGGGCCACUCAACUCACUACAACCCUGUAAGGUGGGUUGAAGGUAAAAUGGGGAGAAGUAUAUAUAUCUCCUUGAUAUCUCUUUGGAGGAAAGGCAGGAUACAAAUGUAGUAAAUAAAUAAGAACAGCCUUGCUGCAUUAAACCAAAGGCCCAUCUUGCCUAGGAUCCUGUUUCCCACAGUGGGCAACCACGUACCUACACCUAUGGGAAGCACACAAGAACAUGAGAGGCAAUGGCAUCCUAUAGAAACAAGUAGAAAUGGAGCCCAAUAGUUCUCCAUACAGUUAUAGUCCUACAAAAUAUGCAUUGUCUGCUCAGCUGGAGGUUACAUAUUUUGUAGCUCUUUGGAGUUUAAAAGCACAGAAUGAAGAAAGGGGUGGCUGUUGAUCUGUGUUGGAGAAAGAGUUUUGUACUAGCAUCUUUCCUCCCAGUAGCAGGAUAGCAUAUGUUUAUCCACUUGUCAUUUCCAACCCACAAGCAUAAGUCACUGACAUCCUUAGAUGUGUACCAUCCAAUAUAACGCUCAAAGUUAUUUCUGUUGAACAUGACUAUAUGACACUGCCUAUCAAACAGAAAGGAGAAACAUCAUUCCAUAUCCUAAUAGAGAAGAAAAAUAUAACACAGUUGGCACUGUGUUGUGUAAACAUCUGCCAUCCAAUCAGGAAUCAAAACAGCAUUGAGCACAAGGUACAAGAUGUACCAAGUAAGGGAUAUAUACAUCCCUUAAGUCAAGAACCUACUUCAGUUAAAGCUAGUAACAUUUUUAAGACUUAGAAUAAUUUGCCAAUAAAAAAACCAUUUUUAAACUCUACUUGUAGACCUUGCUAUGCCAAAUAAAGUUCUAUUUUAAAUCCAUUAGCAUCCUUCCUUUCUCCUUAUUUGGGCAACUUUUCUGAAGCAUUAAUACACCCAAAUCAACGUCAUAAUUGUUUAUCAGAUAAUAGGAGGGCCACUGUAUGCUAUGCACAUUACAGCCCAUCUGGCCAAUGCUCUUAGUAUAUGGCUGCGUAUGUAUGAUCCCUGGGGUGGGGGCUUGUGAUACAUACCAGCAAAAAAGAAAAGUCAUGGGAGUGGGAGAAGGAGAGAUAGUAACUGGUAGAAUGGGAACCUCCAGAAAUGAGCACAGCAUAAAAUAGCACAGGGUAGUACAGAGAAGUAAGACUAGCUUAUACCCAGUGUUCAAAAUUCCCAUUGUUCUAGGCACAUUUUGCGACAGGGAAUUCCAUUAGCGCAAGUAGCUUCUGAGCUCUGGGUGCAGUACUGUGCCUAAGAUUUCAGAUUAAAACUGCAGAGUGGAAGGAAAGGACCCUUUUCUACCUUUCCACUUCCAGCUACUCUCUGAAGACUGGAGAAGAGACCCUCAAGAAUAUUAGUGGGGUGAGCAGUAGAAGGAUAGACCAUGUGAAAAAUGAACAUAAUAUUUUAGCUGCAGUUCAUUCAUUUUCAGCUUUGCAAUCUUGUUACAAAAAAGUGUGCCUAGACAUUCCGUUGUUGCGCCCAUUCUGUUUAUAACACUGCUUAUACCAUAUCAUAGCUGCUUUCCUGGUGCUCCUGCUCACCUUCUGCUGCUGUUAUAAUAGUUUGCUGAAAUGAGAGGGGCAUCCUGUAGCAGGCCAAGGCCCUAGAAGCAGCCAGGUGAGUUAUUUUACACCAGGGUGGCUAACCAUUGGCCCUUCAGAUGUUGCUGAACUACAAUUCCCACAAGCCUCAGCCAGCAUGGCCAUUAGUUAGAUGUAAUGGUAGCCCAUCAUAAUUAGGAGGGCACCACAUUGGCUAUCCCUGUUUUACACGGCCACCCGCAAUGUAGAGAAGUCACACACCUCUACCCUUCACACAUGGUCCAAAAAGUGAAGAAAGAGACCACCGCAUAGCAAUAGCUUAAGAGUUAUAGACAGAAAGGCUAAGAUAGACAGGAGUGGGGCAAACAAGAAUACUGAAUAACCAAGGAAGUAUGCAACUCCAUAAGCCAUACUACAAAAUGCAGCAUAACUGUGGAGAAGCCAUGUUUAGACAUGAGCACUGUUCCUAAUCUCCGUAAGUUUGUUUCCUCUGAACACUAUUUUCAGAACAUCACCUCCACAUUCCAUUCUCCAACUGCCAUGCCAUACCAGACC